CUUUCUCGCCGCCCGCCAAUCGGCUCGGCGCUUUCCUAUGACGUCACGGGAGCGCGCCGAGGCGGGGGGGGGGGGCCGCGGUGUCGCCUCAGGGAGCCGGAAGCGACGAGCGGCGGCGGCGGGCUGGUGGGUGACCGAGGGCUGAAGUGGGGGACGCGGCGAUGGUGGGGGGAGAAGGUCGAGCUCUGGGAAAGCCGGCAGGGAAGCUUUGGGGUUCUUUGUCCUCCCGCUGGCCUGCCCGCCGCGGCCCGAGCCCUACCAGUUCUUGGCGAUGUCCGCGCUGUCGCCUGACCCCUCUCCUUUUCUCCCCUCCCGUGCCGGCAGCCCUCCGCUCGCUUUGCAGGCAGUGUGCGCGCCGCUUGCUUGUCCCGCUGCCCUGCCCCGGCGCUGCGCAAUCCCACCGCUUUUUCUUGCCCCGGGGAACAGCAGUCCUGCGUGCUGAGCGGCGCCGGCUGACUGACUGACUGACUGACUGAACGACUGACUGACUGACGCGAGGCAGAGUUGGCGCCGUGGCGGGGUGUGCUCCGUGAACGUCUCCGGUGUGCGGAACGUCCUUCUAAUUUCCUUUCCCAAACCGCUGUCCUUAAGCGGAGGCCGUCCUCAGCGCUGUCAUCUCCUCAGGGUCGCUCUGCUGCUCACCUCUCGGCGGUUGGUUUGCCAGAGAUCCUUGUCACGUCAGCAUCUCUUCAGAGCCGUAAAGGAUGUCCCCUGAAGGUAACAAGGUAGAAGAAGAGAAAAAGAGACUAUGUUCAGCUUCUUCCGAAAAGGUCAAGAUUCAAAGAAAAUUACAGUGCAAGAGAGAGAAGCAGAUGGAUUUGUUAUUGUGGGUGACACAGCUGAUGACCAAAAUAGAGAGACAAAGGACAAAACUUCAUUUCCCGAGACCAGACCGAUAUACAACCAGCCUCCACAGAUAAAUACAGGGCACCGGUCGGAGUUGACUCUAUCGAGAGCAGAGGUGGGAAAUGAAAGGAGCCCAAAUUUGGAAAGCAGCCCUUUCAUGUCAGAUCUUCUAAGCGACGUACCCUUUGCCCUGGCACCACACGUGUUAGCAGUACAGGGCACCCAUAAUGAUGUUCCUGACCGACUGCUCACCUACAACAUCAAUGACAAUUUAUCAAGAUUUUGGUACGACUUUACGCUUGAAAAUUCUGUCCUUUGUGAGCCGUAAUGUUUUCUUGAUCUUUCAUGUGUGUCAAGGAAAAAGUCUGAAUGUGAAGAUAAAGAUUUAUUUUGAACAGCUUAAUAUUUUGGGGGCCUACCACUGAUACCGGAUCCAUUGGAUCAAAAGGAUUGUUAUUCAGUGCUGUGUUAUAUUCCUUAGAUUUAAGUGGGCUGUAACUUACUACGUUAAGUGUUCUGUUUAUCUGCAAAGAAAUCAAGCAAAACUGUUUCAGCCAAUGCUGGCUGUUGGUAUCUGCUUCCCAUAGGUAGGCUGCAGGCACAAACAUUUCAUAAAGAUGAAGUCUGAGCAUAACUGCUCUGUUUUGGUUUUCAUUCUGGUAAUAAACACGCAGAUCCUGUUAUACGUGUUUCUUUAGAUCACCUUUGAUUUUCUGCAGAUAGAAGCCAGUGUUAAUAGCAAAGCAGUGCUUCUCUGUACUACUGGACAGAGAGUUUUCCAGGCGGUAAGUUUUAAAACUCAGACUUAAUUCUGAGUAUUGGAAUAAUUUGGAGUACUUAAUACUAUCGAUUACCACUUUGAAGGUGACCGUGGUAUUUCUAUGCUCUCAUUUUAUGCCACUUGUGUUGCCCGGAGAAGUCCUAUAAGGCUGCCUGUUGGCUGCUGUUUGUUCUCACUACCACAUGUGUUCCUGAUUUAUAUACGGAUCAGCUUUUCCAUUUUAACCUCUUUGCCCCCUAAAGAAGGAAAUCUCAGGACACGUACUUUUAAUGGUCACACCCUCCUUUUUUUAAUUUGUGUGCCAGAGAUACAGAUGGCAAUGUUUAACAACAGGAAAACAUUACAUUGUUUCUUAUCCAGCUAAAUUAGAUGUCUAAGUACCUAAACAUGCUUUCUCACAGACCACUGUGUCCCUUGCUCACAAGCUUCCAGCGUGUUUUUUCCAACUGAAACCAGAGUUGCUGUUGUAUGAGCAGCAGCUCUCUGAUGGAAUACCACGAUUUGUGUGAAUAACGCUCUGUGUUGCACAAAAGAUUACACUUGUUUUCUCUCUUGGGGUAUUUAUACUGUGCCAAAUGUUAGUAGGUAAUUCCAUAUAUUUUUAUGCCCUGUGGUUGCUCGAAAUAUAUAUUUUUUCAGACUUGCAUCCUGUAGGUAUUUGAGAUAAAUACCAUAAAUGGUGGAGAAAUUGCAUUGUGAAUAUGUCUUGGGUUGUUACAUAUUCAUGUGUAAGAUUUAUUCUUUUUAAAUGUUUGUAUAUAAGCGAAUUUGUUAGGAUAUGUUUAACAGUUGUGUUCAUAAAUGUUCUGAAACACUUGCUUCAGGGAGAGUAAGUGUGCUGCAUACCAAUAAACAACCGUCAAAUAAUGUGUGACAAUUAA